CAUGCAUUCACCCAUCUCCACCAUGACCACCAAUUCCUUUCCAUCAUUGCUCCAUCUAUAACCUAAUUUCAAAACACCCAAAACAGACAAACAAUAACCUUGUGUAUACCACUUAUUUCUUCUUCUUAACCAUUUUUUUCUUUUUUUAUACAUCCAUUUUAUCUUUAUUUUCUUUUUUUAAUAUCCAAAGUUGAUGAAUUCAAAUAGUGAUUAGACAUUUUAUACUCACUCAUUAUGCAGACAAUUAUUUAGGAAAUAUCUUAAUUUGAUACUUUUUUCCACCUCUCUCUUUUCUAUCACAUUACUUAUAUAUCUAUCAAUUUUUCUUUCUAAUAUCUAAUCUGUAGUUUCUCUCUUCUAUCUACACAAUCCAACAAUUUUGAGGUAGAAGUUGAUCAAGAUUCUAAAUAUAUAUUUCCUACCUCUCAUCCCUUCACUCCAAUAGCUACCCAAAGAGAAAAUUCACACCACAGCACAUCGUAUCCUUUCCAAUUAUGUAUACUUCAUUGACGUCCAAUUCCCAUAAUCACAAAUACGAGAAAGAGCAUGUGACAAACAACACAACAAGCAUCAACACAAAAUACAGCGAGAUAUCCCACUUCAGCCACAAACAACAUAAGCUAAAGUUCGACUACUCCGAAUCCCCCUUCAAAUGUGACGGGUGCAAGGAACUAGGCAUAGGCUCACGCUACAAGUGCUCCUUUUGCGACUUUGACCUUCACACUCACUGUGCCAUCCCUUCCUCUUCGCUGUUUCACCCUUUCUACCCUAAAUGCUCCUUCCACUUCCUCUCCCACCCGCCCGGCGACACGCCGCGCUAUUGCAAUGCGUGUGAGAAACCCGUCGCCGGGUUUCUCUACCAUUGCUUUUCGUGUGGCUUCGACCUUCACCCCUGCUGCGCCAAGCUCCCCACGGUGCUUGGGGAAGAAAAUGGGGUGAAGUUGCUUUUGUAUAGGAAGGUGAGCUCGGCGUGCCACCGGUGCGGGCAGAGGGGGCGGGGUUGGAGCUAUAGGUCUUCUUGCAAGAGGUACAAUUUGCAUGUGGCGUGUGUGAGGGAGAUGGUGGUGGAGAGUUGGCACCAAAGUGGAGGGUUGAUGAGUGUUCUUGAGAGUGGUUGCCAUAAGGGGAGGAGCAAAGGGAGUAGGGUGAGGAAGUGUUGUGAGGUGGCCGGGAUGGCGGUGCAGGUGGCGGUGUCGGCGGUGCUCGGAGAUCCCACCGUUCUCAUCGCCGGAGUCAUGGGCUCCUUGAUCUCAAGGGCUUGAGUGGUUCAUGGAGAAAUUAUUAUAUGGUUUGAGACUAUAUGAUUUUGAUUAAUCUUCACGUGACAUGUUAUAAAUUCUUUCUUAUAAAUUAAAAAAAAUGAUUUGUUAUGUGAAGAUUGAUUAGAAUUACAUUUUCAACUAUAUAGUAAUUUCUUGAUUUGAGAGGAAAUUGAGAAGGAGACAAGUGAUGUGUAUAUCGGUUGAAGGUGUAAAAAAUAAUUAGUCGAAGAAAAAAUUUAGAUACAAAUUCUCGAGUGUUUUUAGGGUGUUUUUAGGUUGUUUUUCAAUUAAAAUUAGAUUCUCAUCUCAUAAACUUGUCUAAUAAAACUUAUUGAGGUGAAACUCUAAUUUUAAUUCAAGAACAAUUAAUAUCAUAAUUACUUAAGAAUUUUAUCUUCUUUUUUUUUUUCCCGUUAUAUACCAUGUGUGAUUAUAAAGGGGUGUACAUAAGUGAGUGAGUUGGAUAUGUGCUUUCCCUAAUCCUAAUUAUGGUUUAUGUAAUGAAUAUAUUCAGUCGUAAGUUUCUAUCUUGGAUUCCUACCA